CCCGAUCAGCCCAGGGAUGCCCUCGCCCAGUGCGCUUCCACCAAUCCACAGGCGGAGUGGGAGGGGCUUGAUUCUCUGUGAAUCCUCACACGCGCACUGUAGGGCUACCGGCGAAAACAAAGCUCAGAGUAACGAAGACGGUGGGAGAUUUGUGCCAUCGCCAAGGGCUGCAGUGGAAAGUGAUGCGGAUUAGUUCACCAAAUAGAUCAUAACGGUCGACCAUCAGAUGAGACAUCAGUGAUGACCGGCACACCGGUGCAAGGAGGGUUCUUGUUUAGGUGUAAGGUUGCUGGGCUCGUUUUGCUGAGCUCGCUGAGCAGCCGGCGCAGCUUCUUCUCUCCUGCCAUGGCGUUUUAACCAGAUGGAACACAAAGACAGUACACCCGCCGCUCCACGCGCACAGCACCGGGGACGACGGUGCGCGCACAAAAACGACUCCCUGGAUUCCAAGCGUGAGCCAUAUCUCGUAUCUUCACCCCACUGAAUGGUCUUUUGGACGGUGUUAUCUCGGCGUUCUCGGUGUGUUUGCGUCCCCGUGUCUGCCGUAUCUCACUCUAAACAAAGACCAUUGCGCAGACUGGAUGUAGCAGCAGAUCGAGGCUCCUUCAGGACAGCGCGCGAUGGCCGUGGUUCGGAUGGACCACCCGCCCGGGAACGGCCUGGUCGGGCCGAGCCCGGAGGCGACGCCCUCGAGGCCGCCGCCGCUCGCUCAGGUGGAUGGUGUGGUGUUUCCAUUCCUCGGGGGUUUCGGAAGAUACCAAAAGCGGCUUGUGCUGUUGUCAUGGAUCCCAGCGCUUCUCGUCUCAUGCAACCAGUUCUCGGAUUAUAUGCAUCUCGCUCAACCCAACAUAACAUGCGCUGGGAAUGCGACCGCUGCUGCGGACCCCGUUGCAGUCCCCCCGUUGAACGGCAGCACGCACACACCGUUCAUGACCGACAAUUACGAAGAAAACGAAAUGGAGUGCUCAUGCUCUGACCCGCAUAUACAACUUGAGUUUGGCCUGAAGCAGAAUGUAAUUACUCAGUGGUGGUUGGUCUGUGAUGAGGAGUGGCAAGCACACAUAGCACAUCUGUCCUUUCUUUUGGGAACUGCGGUUGGUGCUCUGCUGGCUGGAGCCAUUGCUGACUGGUGGGGUCGGCUGCCGGUGCUGUGUGUGAGUGUGUGUGCGACCUGUGUGUGUGGGAUUGCUGUGACGUUCUCCAGCACUGUGCUGGCCUUCUGCAUGCUGCGCUUCGUACAGGGAUUCGGCCUGGCGGGCAUCUCCCUAUCUCUCUACCUCCUGAGGAUAGAGCUGUGUUUACCAGCCUGGCGUUUCUCCAUGACGAUGGUUGCCAAUGUGCUGGCAGUGGGCGGGCAGUUAUUACUGCCAGCUUUGGCCGUCCUGUGUGUUGAUUGGCAUGUCCUUCAACUUGUGCUCAUCUGCCCAUUGGCCCUCAUGUUGUCCUAUGCAUGGUUUUUUCCUGAGUCAUUGAGGUGGCUGCUGGCGACUCAGCGUUACGAGAGGGCCAAAGGUCAAAUGUACCAAGUUGCCCAGAGUAACAGCGUUGACACAGAGACGGAUGAAAGUGGCAUCCUCUCAGCACUGGAGGCAGAGUUGCACCAGACUCCACAGAGCUCCUGCAUCCUGCAGAUAAUCCAUACCAGAAACAUGUGGAAGAACAUCCUGGUGCUGUGUGUCAACUCGCUGUCCAGCAGUGGUAUGGGUCAGUGUUUUGUGCGUGCAGUCAGCGGGGUCUCCUUCUCUCCCAAGCACUAUCUGGUGUUGGUGGGCAUUGCCAUGGGGGGCUGCAUAGUGCUGGUCACUGUGGUCCUUGUGAUGGGCAGAAGGGGGGCACAGCUGUCCUUCAUGAUCGUCACAGCCCUGGCCUCCCUUCUGCAGCUGGGGCUGCUUAACCUGAUCGGGAAGUACAGUCUCCGACAUGACACAGCACUGAGGGACACUUUGAAUAGGCGUUUGUCUGUGGCACUCUCCGUGAUUGGAAUGCUCACGUCCCACGCUGUUAGCCACCUCAGCAUGUUCAUCUGUGCUGAGAUCACUCCCACUGUCAUCAGGGGUGGCGCUGUGGGGCUGCUCAUGGCGAAUGCGGCGGUGGGCAUGUGCGUGACAGCACUGGUGGAUCUGCAGAAGAUGCGGGGUUUCUUCCUCCUGAGAAUCAUCCUCACAUGCUCCUGCCUCCUGUCAAUCAUCUGCAUCCCGCUGCUCCCGGAAACCACAGGCCAACCACUGCCCGAGUCUAUGGCUGAGGGGGAGGGGCUUCUACGCCGGCCCCUCCCUUCAGGCGAGCAGCACCACCUCCUCACAAGGUCAGAGGUCGCUGAAUAUUCCCGUGUGGCGGACACACCUAUGCAUCGCCAGGGAAAUGACACAGUCAAUGGAAUAAGGACAUCAUAAGUCCAUAACAGAUGUAAAAUGGACUUCCCUAAGCAAACGUUAUUGGCUCUAAGAGUGGACUUCUCUAUUUAGUCUCAUAAAGACACUCAAUCAUGUGCAUACAUACACACACACACACACACAGACAUAAACAUAUAUGUGUCUGUCUGUUGGGUGAAGAAAGUGCCACGUAAAAACACAGGUUUUUAGCUCGCGGUUCGCAUUUACAAUUAUCACUGCAGUUCUUCAGACUGAAGUUCAGUUUGAACAUAUGGGCAAUACUUCAUAUUUAAUUUGGGAUGGAAGGUCAACGUUUACUGCCGUCCUCCACAAGUUCAGCAAUUCCUUUUAAACAAACACACACUUGUCAAAAGUUUGUAACUAAUGCAGAAUUACUCAGGAUGGUAUAAUGAGCAUGGUGUGUGAAUGAGCAAUAGAACCUUGGUUCAAAUCAGAACAGUUUGACAGAACCAGGGCUGUGCUCAAUGUGAGUCCUUUACGUGAGACCUGAAGGAGACAUUCCAUGUUUUAGUUUGGAAGGGAUUCAGUCUCCUCACAAUAUCUUAAGACAUUUUGUGAGUGUUUUAUAAUAACAGUGACUAGGCAGUCACGUGGACACUUCAAGUGAUUAUGCCGUCGCUAUCUAUAUAUAUGUUUGUAAAGUUUUUGCACUAAUUUCUUAAACACAAUCAUGUGGUACGGGUGAGAGGAGAGCAAGAGUGUACGUAUGUGUGUCAGCGGCCAUUGACGGUGUGAAAUGUAACCUGAGGCCUCACUGCAGUGUACCAACACUGGAUCACAACUAUCUGUGUGUCUGAGAGGUUUGGUUCGUCUUGGAAGGUGGCAAUGAAAGACUGGUACACAGCCUGAGGCUACCACAUUGCAUUGUUGUGGAAACAUGAUUUUUAAGAACAUUCUUCAGAACCACUUUUCAUUAAAGAUUUUUUUCUA